GUAUAUAAAUAUAGUGAUGAUACCAUCUAAACAUAUAAACAAUUUCUCUUGACAUAAACAACAAAAUCGAGUAAUUUAAAAACAAAGAAAAAAAAUGACUUUCAAAAACGUUAUUGUAACCGGUGCCAAUCGUGGAAUCGGAUUGGAAUUUGUUCGACAAUUGUUGAAACAAAAUAAUUCACCGAAAAAUUUGAUUGCAACCACUCGAAAACAAUCGCCAGAAUUGGAUAGUCUUAAAUCGGCUCAUAAUAAUCUACAUGUAUUGACUUAUGAUGCUACUAACUAUGAUAGCUAUGGUGAUUUUGUCAAACAAGUUGAAUCGAUUGUCAAGAAUGAAGGCCUCAAUCUAUUGAUCAACAAUGCUGGAAUGGCUAUCCGAUCAACAUUGGAUAAUGUCACCCCAAAAGAUAUAUUGACAAAUGUCGAAGUGAACGCCGUUGGUUCAUUGAUGUUGACCAAAGCAUUGUUGCCAUUGUUGAAGGCUUCAGCUGCAGCUGGACAAAAAACUUUGGUUGCAAACAUUUCUUCAGCUAUGGGUUCAAUCGAUGACAAUGGUUCCGGUGGUAGUUACGCUUAUCGUGCAAGUAAAGUGACCAUGAAUAUGUUCACCAAAUCAUUGUCUGUUGACUUAAAAUCGGAUAACAUUAUCGUCAUGACACUUCAUCCUGGUUGGGUUCAAACCGAUAUGGGCGGCCCAAAUGCUUUGAUCAAUACGGAAACUAGUGCUACUGGUUUGUUGGAUGUAUUCAACAAAGCCGACAUGUCAUACACUGGAAAAUUUUUAGAUUGGGCCGGUAAAGAACGUAAAUGGUGAUUGAAAAAAAAAUCAAACGAUAUUGCUUUUUAAUCACUCGAUUCAAUAUUCGAUUAAGAAAAAACAAAUAAAAUGAUUUGUAUUUCAAAAA